GUUUCAUCUACUCUUGUCAAAUAAAAAUUUUAUUUUCCAACCAAAGAACCGUCACUCCGGCGGCAGGAGCUUCUGCAGCGUCCAGAUCAGCGCGACGCCCACGAGAGCCCCCGCCAGAUGCGCGACGUGGUUCACGCCUCCGGCGCCGAUCCCUCCCGCCGCCGCCGCCAUCCUCGCCUCGCUCAGGAACCUCUCCACCACGAACUGCCCGAGGAUCACCGCCUCGAGCAGCUUGCGAAAAUCGGCGCGAAUCUUGGUCAGGACGCCGAUGGCGAACAAGCCGAAGACCGCCCCGGACGCGCCGAGGGACACCGUCGCCGCGGCUCCCACACCGAGCAAGCCCCCCGCAGCCUUCGGCAGCAUGAUGUAGCUCGCGAGCCCCGCGCCUAUUCCCGUGAACAGGUACGAGAACCACACGCCGAAAGCGCCCUCCUCCUCCUCGACGAUCUUCCCAAAGACGUAGAGGAAGAAGAUGUUGCCGCUGAGGUGCGCCCAGUUGGCGUGGCAGAAGAUGCUGGUGACGAACUGCCACCAGCGCGGGUGCAUGUGGUUCAGGUACAGCGACUUGACGAACCCCACGUGCAGCCACUGGUCGGCGACGAAGAGCGCGACGUUGAUGAGCAGGAGGAGGAAUACGCCGUUACCCUCGUCGGACUUGGCGCUCGCCCGCGCGCGUCGACCCGCGGGCUUCAUGCCGCUCUUGGCGCCGAUGAACUCGCCAGUGGCCAGCGCCGCGUCGCCGUACUUCUUCAUCAGCUCCUCGGCGUCGCCGAACGCGCCCCCGCCCGGGCCUUUCCCCCCCGCGACGGCGAGGUCGCCCCGGCGACGCUGACGAGGCAAUAAGGCGAUGGGUCCUCGAGGCUGCGCGUCGCGGAGGCUGGCGGCGCGGGGGGUGACGCGCCGCGCGCUCGCGCGAGGUGCGCGCCGGGGCGGCGUCGUGGUCACCCACGACGAGGAAAAGUUGGCGGAUGUGCUCUGCGUCGACGGUCGAAUCGCCGCGGUGGGCGCAAACCUCGACGUCCCGUCCGACGCGCGCGUGAUCGACGCGGACGGGUUGCUGAUCAUGCCCGGCGGUAUCGACCCGCACACGCACAUGGAGCUCCCGUUCAUGGGCACGGUCGCGUCCGAGGACUUCUUCACCGGCACCUCCGCGGCGGCGGCUGGCGGGACGACGACGAUAAUCGAUUUCGUCAUCCCGGCUCCACAACAGAACCUGCUCGAGGCGUACCACACGUGGCGCGGGUGGGCGGAGAAGAGCGCGUGCGAUUACUCCUUCCACGUCGCGGUGACGUGGUGGGACGACACGGUGCACGCCGACAUGGGCACCCUCACGCGCGAGCACGGCGUCAACUCGUUUAAGCACUUCAUGGCGUACAAAAACGCGAUCAUGUGCGACGACGAGACUCUCGUCAACUCGUUCGCGCGGUGCAACGAACUCGGCGCCAUACCCACGGUGCACGCCGAGAACGGCGAGCUGGUGUUUCGUUUACAAAAAGAGAUGUACGAGCGCGGGUACGUCGGACCGGAGGGCCACCCGCUGAGCCGACCGCCGGAGGUUGAGGGCGAAGCGGCCAACUCGGCUAUUCGCAUCGCCGAGGUGCUCGGCGUUCCCCUGUACCUGGUGCACACGAGCUGCGAGGACGCGCUCGAGGCUGUGAGGCGGGCGAGGAGCGAGGGGCAGCGCGUGUUCGCCGAGGUUCUCGCGCAGCACCUCGUCAUCGACGAUUCGGUGUACAGAAACCCGGAUUGGUCCUUCGCCGCGCACCACGUGAUGUCGCCGCCGUUUAGGUCCAAGAGGCACCAAGGUUUGCUCUGGAAGGGCCUGCAGUCGGGGCUGAUACACACCACCGCGACGGAUCACUGCUGCUUCUGCACGCCGCAGAAGGCGAUGGGGAAGGACGAUUUCCGGAAGAUUCCCAACGGCACCGGCGGCGUGGAGGACCGAAUGUCGGUGCUCUGGUCCGAGGGUGUCGAAACGGGGAUGCUCACGCCGUCUGAGUUUGUCGCCGUCACGUCCACCAACGCGGCUAAGAUUUUCAACAUAUUUCCCCGCAAGGGCUCCGUCUCCGUCGGUGCCGACGCUGAUUUGGUGCUGUGGGACCCCAAGGGUACGCGGACCAUCUCCGCCAAGACGCAUCACCAGAAAAUCGACUUCAACGUCUACGAGGGCAUGGAGGUGACGGGGAUACCGGCGUACACGCUGAGCCAAGGCGACGUCGUGUGGGAAAACGGCGAACUCAAGACGCAAAGGGGCAAGGGACGGUACAUCGACAGGCCGUGCUAUCCGACGUACUGGAAGAAUCAGCAGAGGCGAAACGAGGUGGCCGUUCCGGAGAAGGUGGUGCGCGCGGCGUACACCGGACCCGUGGCGUGACCUCCGAGGGCCGGCGCUCGGAGCGGCGACGACGGAGUAAAAAAUUCUUUGAACCGUUUGUUUGUAAACGGUGUCCGUGUAUGAUAUC